AUUGUUUAUGUUGGAACAGAUAAGGAAAGCCGGUUGUUAUCUUCCUGAGGAGCGUAUUCUUUGUCAAUAUUGUGAAGCAGCUGUUGGUGGUGGCUUUCAAGACGACGGUAGCGUUGUUCUUUGUUCUAACCAUUUGCUAUCUCAGGAUCACGCAAACAUUACUCUUGUUCACGAGUUGGUACACGCUUUUGAUCAAUGCCGGGCGCACGUAAACUGGUCAGACUGUACACAUCACGCCUGUAGUGAAAUACGUGCUGCUCUGUUGAGUGGUGACUGUGAUUGGAAAAGAGAAUUCUGGAGAGGACAUUUGGGACUCCGAGCACAGUUUCAAAAGUGCAUCAGGAGAAGAGCUGAAAUUUCAGUGAGAAUGAAUCCCAAUUGUUCACCUUUGCAGGUACGAAAACUUGAGUGUCAACGUAUUUCUUAUUUAUGUUUAUGUAAAACUAUGUAGGCUAAAGAAGCCGUCAAUAGAGCUUGGGACAUUUGUUUUGCUGAUA